GACAAUGGAGAACAGAAAAGGCAGGAUGUGUCUUGUAUUUGUUAAGGGAGGGCAGUGAUGGGGUGUCACACAGAGUCCUAGAUUGUGUCUGAAGAAACUGGGGCGCUUAUCCCGGGGUGCUCCCUCUAAUAGCAGUCACCCUCAGCCCUGGCUUCAAUUUGACCCCAAUUUUGGGGGGACACCCAGAUUCUGCCUCCCAGGUCCUCUCCUAGUGUCAGAUCGGAUGGAGUGAUGAGGGCAUGAAAGAGAAAUCUAAAAGAGAAUGAAACCGUUGCUACUGCUCAUGUUGAUCCCAUUUGCUGGAGCUGAAUCUUGUCCUCGGUUGACUUGUAAGAACGGCGGGACUUGCUUGAAGCACUCCAAUGGGACGUCUUCCUGCCUGUGCCCUCCUGGCUACGUAGGAGACACGUGCCAGUUUGCAGACCCCUGCACCCCUGUGCUUUGCCAGAAUGGGGGGAGCUGCUCCUCCAGGGCUCUUCCUCCUCCGGCCGCCCCCGAGUACGUGUGUGCGUGCCCUCCUGGUUUCACUGGGGAGAAAUGCCAGGGCGUGGUUGGGGAUCCCUGCUUCCCGUCACCCUGCCAACAUGGAGGGACAUGCCAGCGGAUCUCCGGGAAAGAGCAUCAAUGCCAAUGUCUACCAGGAUGGACGGGGAAGAACUGCCAGUUGAUGGAUUUCUGCCCAGCCAACCCUUGUAACAACGGUGGGACUUGUGUCAUUACCUACCCUUUCAUCGUCUGCCAAUGCUGGCCAGGCUUUGAUGGGCACACCUGUCAACAUGACAUCAACGAAUGCUUUGCGUCUCCCAGCCCCUGCCUCAACGGGGGCAGCUGUAUCAACAGCAUCGGCUCCUUCCGCUGUUUGUGCCCAUCCAACUUCUCUGGUCCUCUCUGCCAGUACCGACGGGGGCCUUGUUCCUCAGAGAUCUGUCUCCACGGGGGCACCUGCCAUCACGUCGAUGGAGGAUACCACGGCUGCCUCUGUCUGCCAGGCUACACUGGUCAGUACUGCGAGGUGAAUCCAGAUGACUGCGCAGGGCAUCAAUGCCUCAACGGAGGCACCUGCCAGGAUGGUAUCGGGACGUACACCUGCCAUUGUAUCCAAGGCUGGACAGGGCUUCUUUGCCACUUGCCUGAUGCCUGCCUCAGCAAUCCGUGCCAUCCUGAUGCCCACUGUGACACAGACCUCCAAACUGGCCAUGCCAUCUGCACAUGCCAGCCAGGCUACGCUGGAGCUCUGUGCUAUGAAGAUAUAGACGAGUGCCGGAUGGGGAGCAACCCAUGUGAACACAGAGGAAGCUGCUACAAUACGCCCGGCUCGUUCACCUGCUCCUGCCUCAGGGGCUACACAGGCUCCAGGUGCGAAUCGAACCUCAAUGAGUGCCUCAGCCAGCCUUGCCAGAACGGGGCCUCCUGCUUGGACCUGCUGGACCGUUUCCAAUGCCUCUGCCCCUCCGGGUUUGGUGGACCGUUGUGUGAAGUCGAAGAGUGUCUCCAAGGCCACUGCCUCAACGGGGGAACCUGUGAACUCCAGAGCCAUGGCACUGCCUGCCUGUGUCCCCCUGGCUUCGAGGGACUUCGGUGCGAGAGAGAUGCUGAUUUCUGUCGCGGUGCCCCUUGCGAGCAUGGAACCUGCGUGAAUGUCCCCGGCUCCUUCACCUGUGUUUGUGCUCCGGGGUUCACAGGAGCCCUCUGCAAGGAAUUCAAUGACCCUUGUUGGGCGUUUCAGUGCCUUAACGGAGGCAGUUGCCAUGGGACAGAAUCUGGACCGCUGUGUACCUGUUCCCCUGGAUGGACCGGCCAGAAAUGCGACACAGAGAUCAAUGCUUGCAAUUCCAACCCAUGCCACCAGAGGGCUACUUGCUUGAGCCGCCAGGGAUCCUUCCAAUGCAUAUGCCCCAGCGGCUACGUAGGGGCAGCGUGCGAUGCAGAUGAGGACGAAUGCUCAUCGGGCCCCUGUUUGAAUUCUGGAACUUGCCUUAACAGCCCUGGAAGUUUUCACUGCCUCUGCCCCAGGGGUUAUUCAGGACUCAAAUGCCAGAUUACUCUGGACCUCUGCUCAGACUACCCUUGCAAGAACGGAGGCCAAUGCAGAGUGAAGGAGUCUUCCCCCCACUGCCUCUGCCCUCCCGGAUGGGGUGGCCCCCAAUGCCAACACAGGACCCAGCAGAACAGAGACAACUGCACAAACCAGACUGGAGAAGGUGGCUGCCAGGUUAAACGUCCCAAUCCUAAGAUCAGAUCCACCAUGGAACCGAGCGACAAGGGAAAGAGGCUCCCCUUUGCUGGGCGUGUCCUUGGAGAAGCUGACCAGACUUCUUGCCCGCCAACACAAAAAUGUCUCAAUGGAGGAACCUGUACGAAGACGGCAGGCGGUUUUCGAUGCUUGUGUCCGCCAGGAACAAAAGGACCCAAUUGUCACCUGGACUCCUGCUCUCUAGCCAGCCCCCCCUGUUACUAUGGCGGGACCUGCGUGGCUCAGCCGGAGGGGUUUUUGUGCAUCUGCCCCCCUGGAUAUGUGGGGGAAAGGUGUCAGGGGGUGGUGGAUGCCUGCUUCUCCCAGCCUUGCCACCGACCUGGGUCCCAGAGCUGCCAAUCAGAUGAACAUGGUUUUCAUUGUCUCUGCAACCUUGGAUAUUCAGGACUUCUGUGUGAAUCCAUGAUUGACAGUUGCCAAUCAAAUCCUUGCCUUAAUGGUGGAAGCUGUAGUGUGCUGCCCAAGAACCCUCUUGAAUUCAUCUGCCAUUGUAUACAGGGUUAUGAUGGACCAACUUGUGAUCUGUCCGUCCCACCGUGUGGGUCCUCCUACUGCCACAAUGGAGGAAUCUGCAUUGCCCUUCCAUCUGGACCUCGAUGUCUCUGCACCGAAGGCUUCUCUGGGCCAGACUGCCGCCAGCCUCCAUGUUCCUCAGCCUCCUGUCCUGCUGCCAAUGUCACUGUGCUCUCCAGGUGCCCAUUGUUGGCCGGAGAUGCUCACUGCGACCGGAUCUGCAGCUCUCCAGAGACCAGCUGGGAUGGGGGAGACUGUGCACUGGGGUUGCUCGAUCCUUGGAAGAACUGUCCGAAACGAGAUGUGUGCCAGCGGGUUUUCCGAGACGGUCACUGCCAGCCCCCUUGUGACAACGAGGAGUGCCUGUACGAUGGAUUUGACUGUGUCCCACAAAAGGAGUGCAACCCUUCCUACACGCGAUAUUGUCGGGACCGCUUCUCGGACGGACACUGCGACCGAGGCUGCCACUCGGCAUCCUGUGGCUGGGAUGGUGGGGACUGCGCCUCUUCUGUUCCACCGGCAGAGUCCACGUUGGCGCUGGUGGUCCUGCUACCCCGAGAGAGCGUUCCGGAGCUCCUGCGUUCCCUGGUCGUCGCCACGCGGGCGGAGCUACGGAUUCAACGGGACCGUCAGCAGCGGGAGCGGAUUUACCCUUACACAGGGAAGGAAGAGCUGGGCAGCCAGAGCAACUGGACAGGGAUUCGGACAAAAGAUUUGGCAGAGACUGUCGGAUAUACCGUCUUCCUGGUUGUGGAGGGGAGCUCGUGCCAAGGGCAGUGCCCCACUUCUGCCAAAUCUGCCUGGAACUUUUUGGCCUCCUUGAUGGCCAAAGGAAUUUUAUCAUCUCUGAUCCCGUACCAAGUGGUAGCAGCCUGGCUUGAAGCUGUGGAAAACAAUUCCCAGGUCUCCGUCUCCCACUUUUCUGGGCCCCUCAUUUAUUGCGUGGGUGUUGGGGUGCUCGUGCUAGCUCUGGUGAUCUUUAUCGGUGUGUGGAGAAUCCGUCGACCACAGCCUCGGGAGCACGGAUCUCUUUGGCUCCCGCCAGGAUUUGCACCCCGCCAAGGCAAGAAGCGUCGCUGUCGAAGGGAUCCGGUGGGAGAAGAUGCAAUCAGACUGAAGCCAACCAAACUCAGUACUGAAUUUGCAGAAGAUCAUGAUAUCUUCUCCAACCCUCAUUUUGAUGGGACUUUGAACCCCAAAGAUAUACAGGAGGAUCUUGAUCCCGUCCUGAUCUCUGAUCAAGGCCAUGUGAAACCAAAGACACAGAUGUUGGGGAACAUCGCGGUCCCAAACCUGGGAAAGGAUACCAGGCCAAAAGCAGCCAGAAAUCAAGAGCCAGUUUGUGGCCUGACUCCACCAAUGUCCUUGGCUUGUUCUUCCGGGUUGAAGGUGGAGAGUUCUUGGACAGACAAGCAAAUGGAGAACUUCGGAGAGACGCCUCUUCACUUAGCAGCUCGAUACUCUCGCGCAGAUGCUACCCGCAGACUCCUGACAGCUGGGGCCGAUGUUAACGCUCGGGACCAGUGGGGACGGACCCCCUUGCACAGCGCGAUAGCAGCCGAUGCUUUGGGGGUAUUCCAGAUCCUUCUCCGGCAGAGACAGACAGACCUGGAUGCUUCGGCAGACGAUGGCACCACCCCUCUCAUUCUCGCCACACGGCUUGGGGUCGAAAAUAUGGUGGAAGAGCUGGUGGCCAACCAUGCCGACAUCCAUGCCAUAGAUAAGAGAGGGAAGAGCGCUCUCCACUGGGCUGCCGCCGUCAACAACAUCCGGGCCGCCCUCAUUCUGCUGAGCAACGGAGCUGACAAGGACAUUCUAGAUAAUCAGGCCCAGACCCCUCUGUUCCUGGCUGCCCGGGAGGGAAGCUAUCAAGCAGCAAGUCUUCUUCUGCAACACGGCGCCAAGCAGAACCUCCGCAACCAUAUGGGUCGCCUCCCCAAAGACAUUGCACUUGAGCGUCUGCACCACGAUAUCCUCUCUCUCCUGGACACAUCCCGCCCUCCUCCUGGGACUGGCCAGCUUUCACCACACAGGCCCCGCCCACAGCCUUCCUUCAAAUUGCACAGAUGGCCGUACCCACACAAGCCUUCCCAGCUAACUCCCGUUCCAGAGAACGAGGGACCUUGUAAGGAUGCCACCCCAUCAGAAGAGGCCACGGGGCAGGCGGUGGAGUGAAUCCUCACCCUCUGUGUGAGGACACUGUGGGUCAGUGGUGACAGCCUUGGGCCCAGCGAAAUUCGCAGGGCGGUGGCUUGGCUUGGCGGAAUAUCCAAGGGCAGUGUGGAGAGAUAAAGAAAUUCCAGCAGUGACCUCAAAGAGCUCCAGAUGUUUCUGCUGUCACAUGUGUGACUCCUAAGGUCACCUUACAAAAUCUGAAGCAGAUAAGAGGGGCAGGUCAUCCCACCUUGCUAGAUCUUCCCCAGAACAUCUUCCAGAUGUGUUGGACUUCAAUUCUGAGAAUUCGGGGCAGUGGCCCUGACAGCAGGAUUUCAGCCCAUUUGGGAAGGAGGAGAAAGGAAAAGAUCACAAUUCGGCCAUUGACCGGAGAGGACGUCUCUUCAAACUCAUUGAGACUUGCUACCCAGCUGUCUUCCUACAGCGGCCUCCAGAGUUGCUCUCUUCGCAGGGAAGGAUUGAAUAACCUGGCAAUUUAGGCUGCUGAGAAUUCUAGAAGUCAAAGUCCAACAUAUAUGGAAGGCAGAAAAAGCAGAUGUGGGAUGGAAAUAGAUGAUCUCAAUCUAGAAGGUUUCUUCAAACCUUCCACCCCAUUUUUUCUAACUUGUUCAUUCCAGUGUUUUGCCAUUCAGCUCACCAUCCACUGAGAACGUGCCAGGUGGACUUCUCUAAAGAAUGGAAUGUUGCUACCGAUUAUUACAUUCAGUGUGAAAAAGCCUACGGGCACAAAAUAAAAAGUUAAAACUUCCCCCAAACUGAA